UGGGACCCGCUCCGCAACGACUCGCUGCCGCCCACGCUGACCCCGGCCGUGCCCCCCUACGUGAAGCUCGGCCUCACCAGCGUCUACACCGCCUUCUACUCGCUGCUCUUCGUGUUCAUCUACUUGCAGCUCUGGCUGGUGCUGCGCUACGGCCACAAGCGGCUCAGCUACCAGAGCGUCUUCCUCUUCCUCUGCCUCUUCUGGGCCUCGCUGCGGACGGUGCUCUUCUCCUUCUACUUCAGGGACUUCGUGGCGGCCAACGCGCUCAGCCCCUUCGUCUUCUGGCUGCUCUACUGCUUCCCCGUGUGCCUGCAGUUCUUCACCCUCACACUCAUGAACUUGUAUUUCACGCAGGUGAUUUUCAAAGCCAAGUCCAAAUACUCUCCAGAAUUACUCAAAUACCGGCUGCCCCUCUACCUGGCCUCGCUCUUCAUCAGCCUCAUCUUCCUGUUGGUGAACCUCACCUGCGCCGUGCUGGUGAAGACAGGAAGCUGGGAGAGGAAGGCCAUCGUGUCCGUGCGCGUGGCCAUCAAUGACACGCUCUUCGUGCUCUGUGCCGUCUCUCUCUCCGUCUGUCUCUACAAGAUCUCUAAGAUGUCCUUGGCCAACAUUUACUUGGAGUCCAAGGGCUCCUCCGUGUGUCAAGUGACGGCCAUCGGUGUGACGGUCAUCCUGCUGUACACCUCCCGAGCCUGCUACAACCUGUUCAUCUUAACCUUCUCGCAGAGCAAGAACGUCCACUCCUUUGAUUACGACUGGUACAACGUGUCGGACCAGGCCGACCUGAAGAACCAGCUGGGAGAUGCCGGCUACAUCGUGUUCGGAGUCGUGCUGUUCGUGUGGGAGCUCCUGCCCACCACCUUAGUCGUUUACUUCUUCCGAGUUAGAAAUCCUGCCAAGGACCUUACCAGCCCUGGAUUGGUCCCCAGCCAUGGAUUCAGUCCCAGGUCCUACUUCUUCGACAACCCUCGAAGAUAUGACAGUGACGAUGACCUUGCCUGGAACAUCGCCCCUCAGGGACUUCAGGGCAGUUUUGCUCCAGACUACUAUGAUUGGGGACAGCAUGCCAACAGCUUCCUGGCACACGCAGGGACUCUGCCACCAGACUCAGUUUUGGAUCCUGACAAACCCAGCCGUGGGUAGCACCAGUUGACAGUUUUACGGAAGAUUCCAGAGUUGAAAAGCUUCAGAAAGACUAACUUAACGACGGCUGAAUCUUUAGGGCACUUUUCCUUAAGAAAUAGGACUUGAUUUUCAUUUGUUACAGGUUUCUAAUGGCUCCAUAGGACUAAGCAAUAAUUUAGAUCGAUAAAACCUUAUUUUAGUACUAAAAAAGGGGGCCUGGCUGCCUAUUUCAGUGGGUAUAAUUUAAACUUUAAAAAUUCCGUACUUUUAUAAAAAUGUAUUUUAUAUAACUUAAGUAAUAAUGCUAAAAUGUACUCGGGGUUUUUGAGAAUGUUACUGCAAUACAUGUAAUAGUUUGCACAGACUUUUAUGCAUAAUUCACUUUAAAAGUACACAGUAUGUGGUCUGAGGGUUCUUCAAGGCUUCAGGACUAAAGUUCCUCAAAUCCUUACCUCUUCGGGUCACUCAGACUCAGCUCCGCUGGCAGACUCCCCACACGGCUCCCGGGGGAGGUUAGAACGUAGCCGAGUGUAGCACUAUAUACGGUCACCGGGCCCUCAGAGUCCCUUAAGGCCCGGUAGCCGAUGCCACCUCCGGGACUCUCGGGGUUGCCAGACGUCGGGUUCUCCUUCUCAGGGGCGCUGAUGUGGCUCCGGCGAUCAUGCUAAACUCUUCGUAGGGUUGGUGUGACUCCUCAGCCGCCUCUGCAGCUUUCCGCCGGGUGAGAUUAGCCCCCAUCGCCUCGGGACUCAGUGAGAAUGCUCCUUCCCCAGCCCACGGGACGCCCGCGACACUGAAGGGACAGGCGGGGUUCUCAAAGGGGGUGAAGAGUAAAUACCCCUGGCCCUGGAGCCACGGGCUGCGGGUCCUCUGUGUCCCUUUAAUGCCCGGCCGUGCUUCAUUGUUAGGUAGCUCUGAAGGCACCUGCGUGGAGGAGGCCCUCGGUCCUCUCUCGCCGGCUCCCGUCUGUCACGUGAGGGGCCCGUUCCAGACAACUGCCCCUUGCAUUCUGUCAUCUUUCCCUUGUGAAACAUGUUGUGAAGUGCUGUUCUCCGACCCCAGUGCCCUCCCAGAACCUCAGGAUGUAUUUGUGUGUGUAGUAUGUGACGUGUGUGCGCUGCAGUGUAAAACUGCCUGCAGGGGAGACAGGCUCUAGGGAGGCCAGUGCUCUGCUUUCCUACAAAACCGCAGAGGAAGCCCCUGCUCUGCCCGAAGGCCCACGGGACAGGCGGGUGAAGGGACGCACACCCGGGAGGCUGCCUACGUGACGAACCCCUUCAGAUGUCUCCCCACUUGUCCUCAGGAAUAACUUCUCUCUGGCACCGAGUUCUCAGAGAUCAAGUUACUUCUCUUAUCUCGAAGGUAUUUAAAGCUCGUCUCAAGGUUUAGUAGGUCCUGACUGGUUCUCAUUCGUACAGAACCCCUUUCCCCGCCAACCCCACCGACAGUCUCGCCUUCCAGGAGAUGGAAGAACUUGGGAAGAAUUUAAGUUAUUUCAGGGGAAAUUCUACGCUGACGCAGAUCUGCACUGAUUAUUCAGGCUGCCUUAAGAUAUAAGUUGUUAACCUAAGUAGCUCUAAGAUCACCCUUACCUGUCACUUGUCACUGUCUUUGUCACUGAUACUUACAACUUAUGGGGGCAGGCCCAGCAUAUGCUCAGAAUCAGUCUUCCAGAAGGUACUGCAGUUGUUCAAUGUUAGCUCAUUCAAGGGUAGACGUUUUUUAAUUUUUAAUUUAUUGAUUUUAGAGAGGAAAGGAGAGAGAAAACCACCCAUUCAUGCACUCACUGGUUGAUUCCUGGGGAUCAGACCCGAAACCCGGGCACAUCAGCAUGAUGCUCCAACCGAGCUACUGGCCAGGGUAAGGGUAGAAAAAUAGUGAUAGAAAUAUCACUAAAACCAUGGAACUAUUACACUCAUCCUAUGAUGUAUAACACUUUAUUAUUGUCAUUACUGGCAGGAAGAUGGAAGUAGCCAGCACUGAUUGGUAAAAGCCAUAGUCUGCUUUGUGGUAAAGCUGCUAGUAUUCAUCUGCGCUGUUACUUCUUACUGGAAAGGGUAAACCGCUCUGAAUGCCCACUUUUCUCUCCUUCCCCUUUUUAAAGUAACGCUAAAGCACAAGUGUCAUAAACCUGCCCAGAACGUUGAGAACUGUACCAAGCUUUUUCUUGUUGUAAACGGUGAUACAGACCCUGUGAAAUGUUGCAGAUUUGGAUGGAGAGGAAAAUUAAAGUUCCCGUGGCUUCCUAACCGACGUGUCUGCUAAGUGCACUAACAAGCCGACCCUGGGAGAGAUACCAAGUAGACUAGUGCAGAAGCGGGGCGGGCGGUCGCUGCUUCUGAAGCACUGGCGUCCCCUAGUUGAGGACACGCGAUGGAGUUAGCUAACUCUGCGGGGAAGUGCCAGCAUCCCUGCGCGAUUUGGCCCGUCGUUCAUCUCCGUCUGGUCCAGCUCCAAGGCGCCUGUCGAGUUUUUGUGGUCCCAUCGCCCUCUGCAGAGGAGACCCCCCGAGUCCCAGCCGAUGGGGGUUGACAGCCCUCUUGGUGCCUUUUCCUUUUUACAGUGAACCUGUUUAAUUGAACCGACGAUGAAAACACCCCGUGUGUGUCACACAGCUGUGGACUGGACGAGGCUUUGCUUCUGACAGUGUCCACGUCAGUCACACUUAGUUACGUCUGUUCCUACUUGAACAUGGCAGGCGGUUGUUAACUACGUUGGGCCCUGUCCUUAGCUGUGAAGGUCAGGCCCGGCCUCCACUCCUAGACUCCUAUGAAAAUCCAAAAGAACUGCUCUCGGGUGGCCUCGAGCACUUACGCCCUGUUGAGAGGAAAGCCCUGGUGUGAGCAGCGCUUCAAGAAAGGGGCUCUCAUUAUAGUUACAUAAUGACUAUUUCCAGAAUAUUGCUUUUGUUUUUUUUAACAAUAAAGGUGAACUUACGUUAGAAGUAAAUGGGUCUAAAUAUCUGAAACUUUAUCAAGAUUUCCAACUAAAGAAACUUGGUUAAAAAGGUCCCUUGCUUUCGCUUUACCGCAUGUAAAAUAUGGACUAGUGUAGGACGGUGGGGCACAGCUGAUGCGCGUUUCCAUCUUACCCCAUGUGACGGAAGUUCAUUAACCGCUCCUGCCUGUGCACGGUGCCGCUUCAGGCUUCUCACGGCAGGGCUCAGGCGCAAACAGGAAUUCUUGUCCAAAACUACAUGAACUGACUAAAGUGGGGACACACUUACGUAGAAAGGACAGUGAGAAUAAGAGGAGAAACUUGGUCAGUAUCUGCUAAGUACACUGGACACUGGGCUCGGGGCCUGUCAGUGUCUGGUCCAGUCUAAACUUAGACACACCUUUCCGUUAACCCUCCUCUUGGCCUUAGCAGGGGUGUGUAAAGAGCCCUUGCACCAGAGGGUCAAAACACCCUGAAGUCUGCUGGUGGUGUCCCUGUGCCGCCAGCCAUGUCUCUUCAUUUCCCUUACCUGGCGUCUGGCUGCUCUGGGCCUGGGCACCGCUGGGGUUUACCCAGUGUAGGGUCCUGAGACUUGCUGCCCAGGUCACCAGGUCGGGGUUUGGUGUCCUCAGACCCAGAUCCAGUGACUACCCAGCUCCUCCAAAGCUGGAUUGCUCAUCUCUGUCCCUUGACCUAUGGUGGGACCUGUCCUGGGAACUAAGCGCAUCUUGCCAGCACUAACUCUAUAGCCUCCAAACCUGGCCUGCCCUUUGGACCUUGGCUGCCCUACCACUCAGAAUAUUAGCCUCUAUCCCUGGACAGACUUUCUGCCUCUGCACUUGAGCCUGGUCAGAACUGGAGCUCAGAUGUCUGGCUCUCUUUAGCCUCUGAGCCUCACAGUCCUUCCAUUUCUCUGCUGGUCCCUAUCACUGUGACCUUUCUUGACUCAGUCUCAAUUUCCCAUGAACCUUGUUACCCUACAACAGCCCUUCUGUCUGCAGUUCCAAGUCAGGGUGGACCUGGAGGGUUUUAAUUGUGGCAUAAAA